GCCGCGGCUGCGCCCGCGUCUGGUGCCCGCUCAGGAGUCGCCGCGCUCCGGCGGCGCGAUGGCGCUGGAGGCGCGGAGGAUGGAGGGCGACGUGGAGGACGGCGAGCUCUCCGACUCGGACUCCGACAUGCCCGGCGCCGGCUCUCCCGGGGACCCGCAGCAGAAAUCACUUGUUGGCAAUGAUUCAGGUAGACCGUUCCAGAGCAGCAUUUCAUCAUGUGCACCAAGUGUUCCUUAUCGGACAACCAAAAGUGUGGAUUCAAGUGAUGAAAGCUUUUCUGAAUCUGAUGAUGACAGCUGUCUGUGGAAACGAAAACGACAGAAAUGUUUCAACUUUCCUCCUGCUAAAUCCGAGCCUUUUCAGCUUAGCCAGAGCCACCAGAAACAAACCGCUCUAGGUGGCAAGAAGGUCAACAAUAUUUGGGGUGUGGUGCUCCAGGAGCAGAAUCAGGAUGCGGUGGCUACUGAACUUGGGAUUCUAGGCAUGGAUGGUAGUAUUGACAGAAGCAGGCAGUCUGAGACUUACAAUUAUUUAUUGGCUAAAAAGCUGAUGAAGGAAGCUCAGCAAAAGGAGGCAGAGACUUUAGAUAAAGAACUGGAUGAAUACAUGCAUGAUGACAAGAAAACAUUGCCAGCAGAAGAUGACAAUGGGCAAGGCUUUCCCAAGCGGAAGAGGCCUGUAAAAGAUAGACUGGGUGAAAGACAAGAAAUGAAAUAUAAAGGAAGGUAUGAGAUAACAGAAGAAGAUUCAGAGGAAAAAGUGGCAGAUGAAAUUGCUUAUCGGCUUUGUGAGCCAAAGAAGGAUUUAAUUGCCCGAGUAGUGAAAAUAAUUGGGAAGAGAAAAGCUAUCGAACUGCUUAUGGAAACAGCUGAAGUGGAACAAAAUGGUGGACUGUUCAUAGUGAAUGGCACUAGGAGAAGAACACCAGGGGGCGUUUAUUUAAACCUGCUGAAGAACACACCUAGCAUUAAAGAAGAACAAAUCAAGGAAAUAUUCUAUCUGGAAAACCAAAAAGAGUAUGAAAACAAAAAAGCAGCUAAAAAGAGGAGAAUACAAGUUCUAGGGAAGAAGAUGAAAAAAGCCAUUAAAGGGCUUAACCUGCAAGAAUAUGAUGAUGCAUCUCGUGAGACUUUUGCUAGCGACACAAAUGAGGCUCUGGCUUCCCUGGAUGAUCUACAGGAGGGUCAUCAUGAAGCAAAGAUGGAACCUGAAGAUGUUAUUGAAAUUGAUAACACUCAUGAUUUGGAGAUCUUCUAGUUACUAAUGUUCUUGAUAACAAAGUCACUGUAAAACAUAUUAAAUAAGCCUUUCUUAUAGUCCCAUGGCUUCUUGUUUUCAUAAGCAGCAGAAACAGGAAGUAUUUCAUGCUGAAGAACAUGACAUAAUUCUUAGCUAAAAACAGCAUGAAAGAUGUUAAUUGUCCUAUUACUUGUUUGCUGAGUCCUCCAAAGCUGUUAAGAUUUUUCUAGGUAACAGCUCUGCAUCACCAAGUUCCUUAGGAACUUCUUUUAGCCACAUGUUAGGUUUAGGAAUUAAGGCUAUGUUUUAACCAAAUACUUCAUAUUUAAUUUGCUGAAACUAACAUAAUCAUCAAAUGAGCAAUGCUUCUCAUUACAGUUGAACAGAAAAACAGUAUAAAGUUAGUCUUGAAAUAAUGGAUCGUGUGUUCUUAAUAUGGCAGUGUGUUGACAAGAAUAGCAGUGUUUAUAGGAUUAAGACCUGUAAAAACAGAUUGGUUUUUGGAAUAAUUUUAAUAGUCAAUGACCUUUGAAUAACAAUCUUGUAAAUAAGCACUGUCAAGCAAUGUAUGUUUUAAAUUUCUGCAGCAGUUUAAUCCUUCGUAUUAUAAUAGUAGCUUGGGCUUCUUACCUGUUCUGUCUAUACUUUUUCCAUGAUUAGAUACACACAUAACUUACACAAUCUUUUUGUUUGAAAACAAAUACAACUGAAUGCUUUCUAAGUAGUGAGAUUUUAGUAAUCUGUGUUCCCCUCAAGGGUCUGUAGAUUCUACAUGCAAGUAUAAACCCUUUACCUUGCAGUUCUUGCUUCCAUGCUUCUUAUGUGUGCAUUAGGACAAAGUAACAUGCAGCUUGCAGAAGUUCUGAAGUUUUUCUAUGCUGACUCUUAAAAAAACAAUUGUAUGCAAAAGAUGAUUUUUUUUACUUGAUGCAGAAGACUGUUGUGUAGUUUUUAAGUUCAACUGAAGACAACUUUUAUGUUGAAUGUUGUUUUUAAUAUAACUGAAGAACAUGUGUGACACUGAUAUUUAUGAUGUCUAAAAUACGUGUCACUAAUAAGUUUUGUUUUCUGUGACUAGACUCUUGUUUUCCAGUAUAAUAUAUUUCUGAAAUAUUAAUGAAUGAAUUCACUUUCAAACCCAACAGCAAACUUCUGCACGUAAAUUUUGUUCACCUGGAGUCCUUGGAUUUCAGAAGCAAAGCAUAUCACUAAAACACAUUAAUAAAUUUAUAACAUUGAACAAUUCAGUACUGUCAAAAGCUGGUAUUUAAAGGACUACAAUAUUUGAAGAAAGAGUUCUUAAACCCAUAGCACAUUCUAUUAUAUGUUUUACUAAAUUUAAUUAGAGUUUUGACUUUGCAUUUUUCUGUUCGUGUGCCAGAGCUCCCUAUUUUUAAGAAGUUACUCAUCAGAUGUGAAGCACGCCUUUUCAGGUAGUAGUUCCUCUUGCUGAAAUAACAAAAGGUUUUGAUUUGUUCAUUAACUUUCCUAACAAACCUGUGAUGAUCAGAGUACUAAAGUGAUAAUUCGUGUAAGUGGAACAGAAUUUUUUGCUAUUUAAUUAGUUUGGGACUGUACCAUUUGAUCCUAGUUUGCAGAACUGCUUGGGAAUGUCUAAACAAUUUUCUGGAUAGAAUCAGCAAAUUUUAAUGGUAGUUUAAUUUUUUCGUUGUGAUGUAAUUUGCAUCUGAUGACCACUGUGUAUUUUUUAAAUCUUGGUAUUUUUAAUGUUGGAUUUCCCAGGUAAGGGGUACUGAAGCAAUGUGUAAAGUCUCCUCUUUAACAAAAGGAAGAUGAAACAGACUGCCUGUUCCUUCCUUCCCAUGUCUGACUAACUGGCCUUUGCUUAUCUUCUGUGUUUUUCUCUCUUUUCCAUUUUCUUUGGAACAGAGUCCUUUCAAAGGGAAGCUUGUUCAAAACGGUGAGCAACUAGUCUUCAUUCCUAUUACAGCAGCGAUUUCUUCUUCUUUACCUUUGGCAUCAAGAAGGUUGCAUUAAGCAGCACCAGUUUUUGUGUAGCACUGUAGUGGCUGCAGUCGACCUUUGGUUUAUUGGUGGAGUCGCGGGGCUGAUCCUCCCCUCUCUGCAGCCUGGCACAGACCCCUGCCCUCUUCUGUCGGAUAUGUCUGUUUGUGCUGGUGUGUGGUGGUGGUGGCCCAGCAGUGGCCACAUCGUGAGUCUGUGUGUGACAGUCUGUGUCAGCAAGCCUUGGAUUGAGCAUGGGCAGUGCUGGAGCUGAGGAGCCCAGGGCUUUGGAGUCUGGUGCUGCAGCCACCACAGUUUCCAAAGGGACUGAUGCAGUUGUACAAGGGUGAGAAAGAACAGGCUGUGACGUUCCUUUGUAUUGCUAUAGAUCUGUCUUUUCUCCAUAUGUGACAGGUUGCUGGAAGGUGUUGAGAGGGAUGCAGUGGUGGUCAUUUCCAUCUUCCUCAUCAAAGAGCUUUUCAUUCCUCCCUCUGUAUUUUCUUCCCCCCCAAACUACUGCAAAAGUAGGAAGCAUAGGUAAGGGUAGAGGUUUCCUCUCUUAACUCCCACAUAAUCAACUUGUUUAGUCUAUCCUGAGCUGAUACUUGCAGAGAUAGCAGCUCUUCUGUGCUAGUUAGUGGACUGUGGCCUGCCUGAACUGGAUUGUGUGGGCUGUGUUUUGUCUAGGAACAGAUACACCUGGCUGUUGAGAGUUUUAGUAGCUGAUGUUUUACAGAUAAAAAUGCAAAUGUAAGAGUUGGGGUUUGUGUUCUUAAGGUUCUCUGAUCAGCAGAUGUGAUUGAGGCAUUAUGUUUACUGCAAAUGUAGACUGCAUACUGCCAGGACAAAUCUCCCCCUCCAUCCCUUAAGCUAUAGCAGGGUAAUAAGCCAUCUCUGUCUUGCCUGAAGCAGACAGUGAAGAUGAGGGAAAUGUGCUCUGGUUUGAAAACACAAGGCUUGUUUGUAACCAAAGACAUUUUUCUUCUUUGUAUCCCAAAUUCAAAUAAGAAAACAAUACUUUUUGAUAUCACAGGAAAAAAAUUAUUAAUGAUUUGGUUUUAUAGUGGAUCAUGAAAUCAUCACUUUAAGUAUAAUUACAGUAUUCCAGGUUCUUCUUCCCCUUCCAAGUAGAUGAUCUCAUUAAAAUGUUUUUAUGUCCUCUAAGCUUAUUAACUGCUACUUGCCCACAUUCUCAAGCAAGCAUGGAAUGACCUAGUACUUACUGUGAUGCUUUGAAAAGAAGAUAUGAAGAAUAAUUUGAUUUUAAAGGUAGCGGUAGUGAGAUCAGAAAGUGGUUUUGUACUGUAUGCAGCUUAAUAGUUGUCCCAUAUUCCCAAGGUGCUGCUGGGUGUCUGGAGCAACUUGUAUUGAAUCCAGUUCCAAACGUCAAGCCAGACAGCAAUGCUUUGCUAUUCUCUUUGUACCAUCUUCAUAAUGGUAGCAGGACAUUUUAUCCUGAACCUUAUUACUGUCUAAAACAUGUCUAAAUCUUUUAUUCUGUUUUUCUUUAUUUUGCUCAUAACUUAAAAAAAA